GCUGUAACUGACAACUGGUGCAUUUAUAGUCGCAGGGUUUGUUUAUACAUCAGGCUGACUACAUACUAUUUCUGCAGUCUGGACGAAGUCAGCGGAAAAAUGGCCAAUGACAAAGAACAUCAGUACUAAUUAUUUUUUAUGUUGUAACAUUGACAUAAAAAAUAACUAGUGCAUUGAAUGACAUGUUGCAGUUUUCGCAACAGAGCUGAAACUAAGUCUGCUAACGUUUAAGAGACAUUUAGUCAAAACCUAAGGAUUAUUCGUGUGAAUAAUUCUAAACGAAACGUGAAAACCACAAUGUCUUGAAUCGAGAUGUGAAGGGAGGGAGGGCAGGGGUGUGUGUUUGAUGGGUGGGGAUGUGGGGGUGUGCAGGCUCAUUCCAGUGGGCUGGUGCACUCCCUUCCAUCUCCACAACAUUCCCACUUUUGGAGACCUGACCAAAGCGCGUCCGUACUCGGAGCCACGUGUCCCCCCCCCUCCUCCCCAAUCCCACCUUCGCCUCCCCUCCCUCCGUUUCCUCUUUUUCUUCCCCCGACCAUCACCCUACCAAGCCCUCUUUCAGGCCAGGUGUCAAGAGCGCGCAUCGGCCGGGAGAUGCAGCGUCUGGUCUGCCGCACACGGACAGCGGGCUCGGAGCUGCCGCAGAGCGCCUCGGCUCCCUCCGGACUGCUUCUAAUACUUCUCUGAAUCCAUAUAUAAGGACAUAUUUCUUCAUAAUCUUUUUUUUCCCCCCAAAAAAAAGAGAGAGAGAGAGAGAGAGAGGGCAAAGCAGGCUGUGUUCAAUGCGCAGCCAUGCUUCUCAUCUCGUCUCGCAGUGCGCUGCUGUCCGUCUACUACCCGCAGAUCUUCCUCAUCCUCACCAGCGGUAGCUACCUGGCGUUGUCCUCCGUGGUGGCCCUGGGCGCCAACAUCAUCUGCAACAACAUACCAGGACUGGCACCCCGUCAGAGGGCACUCUGCCAGAGUCGCCCGGAUGCCAUCAUCAUCAUCGGCGAGGGCGCCCAGUUGGGCAUCAACGAGUGCCAGUACCAGUUCCGCUACGGCCGCUGGAACUGCUCUGCCCUAGGGGAGAGGACGGUCUUUGGACAAGAGCUGAGAGUAGGCAGCAGGGAGGCAGCAUUCACCUAUGCCAUUACAGCCGCUGGAGUUGCCCACGCAGUGACGGCGGCCUGUAGCCAAGGCAACCUAAGCCAGUGUGGCUGUGACCGCGAGAAGCAGGGCUACCACGACCGGGAGGAGGGCUGGAAGUGGGGAGGCUGCUCGGCAGAUGUCAAGUACGGCGUGGAGUUUUCGCGACGCUUCGUGGACGCUAGGGAGAUCAAGAAAAACGCCCGCCGGCUGAUGAACCUCCACAACAACGAGGCGGGUCGAAAGAUCCUGGAGGAGAGAACGAAGCUGGAGUGCAAGUGUCACGGCGUCUCCGGCUCCUGCACCACCAAGACCUGCUGGAUCACUCUGCCGAAGUUCCGAGAGGUCGGCUACCUGUUGAAGGAGCGCUACGGCGACGCGGUGCAAGUGGAGCCUGUCCGGGCCUCGCGGCUCCGCCAGCCCUCCUUCCUGCGCCUGAAACAGGCUCGAGGCUACCAGAAGCCCACGGACACGGACCUGGUGUACCUGGAGCGCUCGCCGAACUACUGCGAGGAGGACACGAUCACGGGAAGCACGGGGACGAGGGGCAGGCUGUGCAACGGCACUUCCACUCACACGGACGGAUGCAACGUGAUGUGCUGCGGCCGGGGCUACGACACGCACCACUACACGCGGGUCUGGCAGUGCAACUGCAAGUUCCACUGGUGCUGCUUCGUCAAGUGCAACACCUGCAGAGAGAAGUCGGAAGUUUUUACCUGCAAGUAGGCGCAAGGAAACGGGGACUCGGAAAAGGAAGGGCCUUAAGAUAUUUAUUACAUUUUGCACAUUUUGGCAUUGUAUUUCUAAAGAAACAGAAGCUCAAGCUGAAUUUGAGUGGUGGAAGUCACUGGGAGCAACAGAGACAAACAACUUUGCAAAGGUUUUCAACUUUUUCACAUGAACAUAUUUUUUAGGGAUUUUCAGUGAUAGACCAACAAUAAGUAGUUAGGUGACUACCAGCUUUGCACAAGCAUGAAAACAUUUCUUUUUUUUUAUUUUGCAAAAAAGCUACAAGUUAGAUUGAAUAGAGUGUGGACAGUAAUUUUCACAACUUGGAAAAAAAAUUUUUUUGUUGGAUUUAGAGCUGAACUUUGACCGGACCACUAACAGUUGCUGUAGUUCUGGUUGUAUAUACUUUUACAUGGAAAAGUCUACAUACAAUUUUCUUUCCACUUCACAAUUAACACAUUACUUUAUGUUGGUCUAUCGCAUGAAAACGCUAAAACAUAUUUAGGUUUGUGCCGAUUAUUUUUGCUUCCAUACUGGUGUUAGAAGACAUUGCAGUACAAAGACAAAUUUUUGGCAUCGAGUGACGGCUGUUGGUUAUUAUUUUUAACAUUUAUGUUCAGGGGAACAUAACUCAGAAAUGUACUUUGGACUGCCCUGGAAGAAGCCUCCACACGCGACCCGAAGAAAUGGCAGCCAAGCAUCUUCUCACACUGUAUUCUGUUUAAACACUGAGAGAAAAAAUUAAAACUAUUAUUUAUGUAGAACAUCUUGUAGCUGGGCAUCUCAUACCACUCAAACAUAUUUCCUUCACAUUGAUCCUCAUUUGUUAUUUAAAAUGAACUGUACCUUCUUUGGCACAUUCAGACAGUCACGUUGCGCUAUACUUUGCCUUAAGUUUUACACUAAGGGCCGGUGUUGAACUGGCACAUUUUACACAUAAAUCACCAUCCCAAGGCCAGAUGGGUUUGUUCCGCCAACAAAUGCAUUGCUUUAGGAAUCCAACCUGUGUGUCUCAACGGCCCUCCAUCCUGACUGCGCUCAUUGUCUGGCUGCUGGACGAGCCGGAGCUUAGCAGAAAACCACGCAAGCCUCGUUGGGAAAUCCACGGAGGAGCGAUUGGGUCCAGAAACAUCCAGGGUAGCCGCGAGCAGGCCGAGACGAAGAGUCCCACACGGCGGCCUCUGCUUACACAAAGCCUUCCAGCGUGGUUUAGGCCUGCUCAGGCAGAUGGCAUCGGACCGAAACCACAUGGAGAGAGAGGGGGGGAACGCCAAAGGUUUGCCAUUUCUGGACAGCACCCUUAAUGUAUUUACACUUUUGUUGUUGUUUUUAGGCUUUGUAUGAGUUUCAAAACAAUUGGAAGAAUAUAUUUUUAUAUAAGGAACGUGGCACUUUAUGUCAUUUCUAGCUGGAAAGAGUGUUUCUUAUUCAUGUCAUUUUAUUCAUAUUUGAAAGCUAUAACUUAUUUGGAAUUGAUGUUAUUUUGGAAUAAAGCUCCUGAAAUGGAAAUACUCGACUGUACUUGGAGGGACUUGUCCACUUAAAACGGGAGUUUAACCUUCUCAAGACGUCCACAAAAGCUGAGUUACGUGAUGUUAUGCCAGAGACGUUUCCGGAAACAUUACUGGGACAUCUCAGUCAUUAAAAAUGCCAUUGAAAACUAGACUUAUGUCAGUAAUUUAAUUCAGAAAAUAGAAACUCAUAUUGCAUAGAUAUGAGAUAUGACACUGUUAAUUUGGAUAAUUAUUUUCAUAAUUGAAUUUCGCAGACAAUUAUAAGACGGAUAGCAUAUUUUUAAAACCCUCCACAACAAGGGUAAGCUGCUAAAGUGAUUGCUGAAUCCAAGCAUAUUCAUAGAAGGUUGAGUGGAAGGUAAACUACACGAGGAAGGAGGAUAACAAUAUAUAUCUUCCAAUAUGUUGGAUAACAACAGCCUUACAAGGCAUUGGAAGCCUUACAAGGCAUCGAAUGCAGCUGCUUUCUAAUCAGAAAGGGCGUCAAGAGGAGUUUUGUCUGUGCUAAGGAGAAAAGGACUGCUCAGUGGUCCAAAUUUCCUACAGAGCAACUCUGGAGGAUAAGAGACAUUAUAGCCAACAAUGCAGACGACAAGGCUGUUGCUGGUAAAACUUAACACCUUGGCAGAGUGAAGCUGAUCGCCUCCAUGCCACGCCGGACUGAUGCAGUAAUUCAUGCAACUCCGUUCUUUUCUUGCUACAGAGGUUUUUGUUUUGUUGAACUUUGUUUCUGCCACACCAUUUCUUCCACAAAAUUUUCCAUUUGAAUUCUUAGAUGCAUUGGCUUCUUUAGCAUGGACCUUUUACCCUCCUUGUGAAGGGAGUCGCUGGCUUUCCUAAAGACUGUGUAGAUCAAAAUACAACAUUUCUACAUUAACAGAUUUUCUGUCAUAUUCCUGUUUCUUGUAGAACUGAAUUUGGGGGUUUUACCAAAGCACACAAGCUUUUCAACGAUAUCCUAAUUCAUUGAGAUGCACCAGUAGUUGAAAAGUUUGGAAACUUUAAAGGUUCAUAAGGCUUGACAACUAAAGACAAAAAAAGCAAUUUUUUAAAUUCACACACACUUUAUUAGACCUUUUCUCCCAAAUUUAAACAUGAUCUGGAUAUUAUGAUGCAAGACAAUCUCUGUAGGCUUCAAAACAGCGCAGUAGAGGUCUGCGAUGUAAAAUGAUGACAUGGGAAACGGUAAAAUUCUUGCAUUGUCUGACUUGGCAGAUGAACGCUCGGGUCCCAGCCUUGCCACCUCUUUCAGCCCAGCUGACUUGCAACACAGCCCUCUUUCCUGUGGGGCUGAAAAGCAUUGCGGCCGGCCGGUCAAGCGUGAACUGUUAUGUUGUUAUGUUAUGUUAGCCGUCUGAAAUCCUGACGACCGGAACCCCGUAAAGCUCCCUCUACUAUGCUGCCGGAUCGGCGGGGAUAGUCCGUCGGAUUGUUUCAGCCCAUUUUGUCAUUAAAAAUCGGAGGCAGAGCAAACAGGGUGGAGCAGGGCGCGGGCUGACCCGAAUAGCGCCGCAUUGUCGAGUUGUCAGAAUGGCUCAGCUUAUCGAGCGGCACGAGGAGGACAGGAAGGAGUGUCGUUUUGCAAACUUGACACUUCCCAUCCGAUUCCCCUCGGUCUCCACGCGUUCGUAUGAUUUACUCUGUGGACAUUUUCGAAGCAUGCUGUGAUUAAACAGAAAGAGCGGGAUAUAAUGACCGCCCAUCAAAUAACGAUAGAGUCAAAUAUGAGUUGCUCUGCCAAGAGACGUGCUGUAUGAAUUUGAUUUUAAUGAGAUGGUUAAUGAUUUAUGAUGCAUGCCAUCAGCUUGUUAUACAUGGAGGACGUAGUGGAAAUCCCCACUAUCAAGGAAUAAACUCUUCAGUGCCAAAGCACGUAGAAGUGCAGUUAUAAACUUAUGUUAGGAAAUUUUGUUUUUAUCAAUCUAUGUAUAUAUAUCUUAAAAGCAUGCAUAUGGACAGAUGUUUUUUCAGAUGUGCAAAACAGAAAUCUUGAAUACUUAAACGCAAAACAAAAGUUUCAGAAAAGACAACAGCAGUUUAGAAAAAUGACAAUUACUGGAACAAUAAUCUAAAAUUGUCAUCUUGUCUUGCAGUUGCACAAGCUCACACUGAAAAAGGGGGGGGGGCAAUAACUUAUUGAACCGCUGUGGAUAAUCACUGGAGAUAAGUUUGAGAGUGUGUUCACACCAAUUCCGUCUUAAUCAAACUCUAGUCCGUUUGCGUAAGAAGGUUCGGUUAAUUUGGGGAGAUGUGAAUGCGCAAUGAAACUCUGAUCCGAACCAAAAAUUGUGAACUCUGGUCCACCUAAGAACAAAGCGGAUUAAAUCGGAGGGAUAAUACAAUCAAAACAAAUGCGGGAGACUAGCGCUAGCGACAGAAACGGCUCCUGGUUGUUUACCAAAGACAAAAGAGAAAUCCUACAAGUGGAAGUUACGCUGCGUAUUGUUCAGAGGUUUCUGUAUCGUUUCCUUCAGUGAUUCUUGUUGCAGCGCCACCACAAGGAAAGCGGUAAAACAGGUUUUUCAAUUAGUUUGGAUAGUUUGACACAGAGCAGUGUGAAAGCGAACUGCACCGGCUGAAAAUGCAACAAAUGUUACACUUUGGUCUCCAGUUGAACUAAAGCUACUGGUCCAUCAGGUGUGAAAACACCACAUGAUUUCAGGGUCCUCUUUUAAGAUUUCUUCUUGUCAGUCCACCCCAAAGCUUUUCUGUUGAAUUCAGGUUAGAUAGUUGUAGCAGAAGAUACAUUUUUGUCUGGUCAAUCAUUUCUGUGGUGAUUUGGCUGCAUGAUUUAGAUUCCUACUCUACAAAAUGAACCAAUAAUGGUUGAUUUUUUUAAGUUUGCAGUUAAGAGUCCACCACAUUGUUAUUUAAAAUCUCCUGCUGUUCCAAAGACAAGGAACCAGUACAGGAUUACUAGGAAAAUUUAAAACAAAAAACAAAAAUCACAGGCCUACAGCUUCACAGAUCUACCAGUCUUCUUUGUCACAGUCUUUUUGGGAUCUGGACAAAAUACUGAAACACAAUUGCAUACACUACCAAAGCACAAAGUCUUGCAAAGUGUUUUUGGUCUAGUUUCUAGUG